UGUCGUUGUCAUCUAACAAAAAGAUGGCUGUGACGAGGAGAUAUCUUUCUUUUAUAUCCAUCACAAUUCUCUAUCAAGAUAUGAUUAAAGCCAUUGAGGUUAAACAAACUAAUUGCCGGAGAGUGGUACAUCACGUAGCAGAAAGGACAAAUUAUAUAAAGUGUGGCUCUGUUGAUGUUAUCUACCUUAAGAACCAGGCUAUAACAUCAGAUUCAGUUUCUGUUGGUGACCGAGAAAAAUCAUGUGCCGCAAAUUUGAAAAAGAGGGCGUGUACCCGGUCUCUUCACUCGACACCUCUAAGAGUGAUAGGACGCCUUUUAUUGCUGGAAUCAGUUGUAACUUAAAGAAUACAUGUGUUUUGAAUGAGAAUUUACUUUACAAAACACUUGACCUAUUCAAUGAAAGUUCCGCAAUGGGACCUCACUAGAACAC